AGCGCUGCGUCCACAGAACCGUGGAGCAGCGGAGCGGAGUCGGGACGUUCAGUGGCUUCCACCGCUGCGCUGACGGGACGUCCCUUUGUGUUAUUGACUGUUGUAACAGUCCCGGAGUGCAGCAGCUGUUGACUGAUGGCGAGUUGUGUGAGAGAGGGAAGCGCAGAACGGAGAUUCCAUUUCCACCAUGUCGACCAAUGAGAGCUCAGAGUCUGGCUGCAGGUCAGAGGUCAGACCCGACAACAACACCUGCGGCCAGAAGGAGCUGUCUGUCACCGCGUCCGUCAUCUCCAUGAGCGUGGGCAUCUUCUCCAACAGCCUCGCCGUCUUCAUCCUGGUCAAGUCCUACAACCACGUCCGGAUCAAGUCCAGGGCGUCCUUCCUGCUGUUCGCCAGCGGCCUGGUGGUCACAGACCUGCUGGGUCACCUCAUCACCGGCGCCAUGGUGCUCUUUGUUUACAGUUCGCAGAAGAAAUGGGAGACGUUUGACCCUCACCGCAUCGUGUGCAGCGUCUUCGGGGCAUGCAUGGUGUUCUUCGGCCUGAGCCCUUUGUUCCUGGGCAGCGCCAUGGCAGUGGAGCGCUGCAUCGGUGUCACCAGGCCCAUCUUCCACUCCACCGUGUUGGCUCCCCACCACAUGAAGCGGCUGCUGGGUCUCACCUGGCUGGUCGCUGCCCUGGUGGCCGUGCUGCCUGUGCUGCUGUGGAGGCCCUACAAGGUUCAGAGCUCCAGGAGCUUUUGCUUCUUCCACAUGGAGGAACCCGAAGACUGGCUGGAUGUGUUCCUGCCUCUGCUUUUCUCCGUGCUUGGGCUACUGGCCCUGCUGCUCUCCAUUGUAUGCAAUACUCUGACGAGCUGCACUCUGCUGCAGGCCAGACUACGCCGCAAGCACCACUGCAGAGGCACUUCCUACCACAUAGAGAUGAUCUGCCAGCUCCUGGCCAUCAUGUUGGUGUCCUGCGUUUGCUGGGGCCCGUUACUGAUCCAUGUGAUGAUUCUCAGCAGCAGAGCCACAGAUGGGCCCGCAUCUUUCACUCUGCUGAUGCUGAUACGCAUGGCCACGUGGAACCAGAUCCUGGACCCCUGGGUCUACAUCCUGCUGAGGAGGGCCGUUCUGAGGAAGAUCUUCACGCUGAUCCACUGCUGCUGGGACUCAACGUCUCCGAACCCGCACCGCUGGACGUGCAGCAUGCUCCGCAGCUCUGUGGAGACCAGCAACUCUGGAGGUGUCGGCCCGUCCGACUGCCUCAGCAGAGUUCCUCCUUCAGACAUUGUGAUCAAAUCCAUCACAUGAUCCCUGGUCUGAAUGGUUCUGAUCUGAGAGCAGCUGGGAAGUGAGGACAAAAACAGGAGGAAGUUGUGGAGAACUUUGUUGAAAUAAGAACAUUGGGAGAGCUGCACACAGAGUCUGUCUUCGUGUUAGCUUUGCAAACUGAUCACUAUGAACUCUCAGUAUUGUGAUGUGAUAGCGUUACAUUGGCGGAAGUUUUUGCUCUUAGCUUGCAGCUCUGUUCUAUGGACCAGCGGCUGUGACCUAUAACUGUCCAAACUGUUCAUGAAAUAUGACAGUCAGAGUGAGGUUGCUUCAGUUAUUCUUUUAUUGUGCUUUUUGUAUUGAGAAACUUGUACUGAAUGUGUUUGAUUCUCUUUGCCUCACGUUAUCACUGUUGUUGCUGGCAGUGGCUCUGGUCACAAAAUGGCAUCGCAGAAGACACGAAAAUGUCCGCAAACCAGUUGAUGCUCCCAAAAAUCUUUUUAAUUACCUCCCAGGUAAUGUUUCAGAAGAAGGGCCUGUGGCCGAAACAUCACCUGGGAGGCAAUUAAAGCGCGUGCGGACAUUUCCGUCGCUGCCGUCCAGCACCUCGUGAUUAUCAGGUUUGGAUGUGGUACAGCCCUGCAUGUUUCCACAGCCCUCACAUGUGAAUAGUAAGAUGAUGUGGAUUCAUAAUCAGUCAGCAAACACAGGCUACAUGUGAAGUCUUGAUUGUAAUGUGAAGCAGGUCCAUGCAGUUUAUGUAGUUUAACUGUAGAAUGUGCAGAAUGUAUGUAACUGCGCUGCUGUAACACACACACCAUCCGAUUUGAUCCAAUCUUCAGAGAUCUUUAUUCUUAUUCACGGAAGUUUAUAACACAGAUCCUUUUGAAUACUCUGUCAAUUCAUUUUUGAUGGGCACAAUACACUGUAAAAUCUAAACUCCUGAUGUUCAAUUAUUUCCAUGCAGUUAUGAUAAAUGUCAUUCAGAAGUCUGCUGGUUGGUUAUACAGUGUGUACAUCAAAGUAAGAUGUGAUGCUCUGCACAAGUGUUUAUUUAGUACAUAAUCUUCCUCUCGUGGAAUCCAUUUUCAAUAUUUGGGCAAAAUGUGAAAUGGUAAAAAAUUUUAAUAAAAUAAAAACCACUACAGACUAGAUUAGUGUCCUGUUAUAAUGGGUGUUAUUCAGCAUGUGACUUAGAAGGGAAUUAUUUUUUGCCCAAAACAUCUUUUGAGGAUGCUAAUUAUAGAGUUUUGCAGUGGGCUUUUUUGGACAUUUUCAUACUUUUUUGCUAUAAAAUCUUGAUAUGAUCUCAUGAUAGAGUUGUUUUCUGUUAACCUUGCAGUUUCUACCGUGAGUUCAG